AUGGGCCCCAAGGGUCCUGCGGGUAUCAAAGGCGAGCCAGGUGCCAAAGGGGAACCCAGUACCCAGGUCUCUGAUCAGAAAAACUGGAAACAAUGCGCAUGGAAAAAUAUUAAUGAUGACAGAGACUAUGGACUAAUAAAGGUUAGGAAAAAACGAAUUUCAUGUUGGUUAUUCUUUCAGCAGCAAAGCAGCUGCAGAAGCAAGUCAGGCCUCAACGACUUUAUUAUUUUGUGGAAAGUGAGAUGAAGUCAUCUUUUGAUCGAUCAUUUUUUUAGCAACUAAUUAAUUAUUCUUAUUUUCAUCUAUUUUUCCAGGACUGCUCUUUUGUUAAGCAGUAUUCUGCUACAACCUUGAAAGUCGAGUACAAUGGUGAUUUCAGAAUAGCCUUUUGCCUAAAUUGCUGUAAGCGCUGGUACUUUACUUUCAAUGGUAUGGAGUGCAAAGGUCCCCUCGCCAUCGAUGGUCUCCAUCAUAUUCAUGUGCACCACGGUAAAACAGACUACAACGUUCACAAAGUAACUCAUAUUGCAGGCUAUUGUCAGGGAAUUCCUAGAGGCACCGUAAGAGUCGGAAUCAACGUUGGAGACUGUGUGGGGAAGAAAUCAGGAUCUGAUGCUUAUACCGGGUGGAAUUCUGUCACUCGUAUUAUGAUCGAGGAAGUCCCUCCCCCACAGAAGUAGCUGAAGGAUUACACAAAAUCUAAACAGAGAAAACGUCUGAGAAAGAUUCGCUAUUUUCGUUUAAUUUGGGUAACACUAAAUAGUUUAUGUUGUAAUAAGGUGAAAAAAAUAACUGCUUCAGUGGGAAUUAAAAUGCUUUGCUUAUUUUUCAAUUGUACCCUUAGGUUGGCUAAAAGUGGUUUCUUUUCCUUAUUGAACGGAUCAAAUAACUUCCAAGACUCUAAAAUAAAUUAUUUUGUAUGAACUUUUUCCUGUGAUCCCAUUGCAAAGUUUCGUAAGGAAGUUGCCGGCCCCCCCCCCACGGCAGGCGAUCCCAGGAUUCCAAGGGAAAAGUGCCAUGGCAGGAAAAUAUAACAAGAGUAGUUUGGCAAAAGUUUAAUUUAUCUAAUCCUCUCUCUCCAGUAUUCUUUUGUACUCUCUCACGCUCUAUGUUCCAACUCAGUUUGCAAUCUGGGCGCGAUGCAGGAACCAUGAAAAAAAAAAAAAAAAAAAAAAAAAAAAAAAAAAAUAUAUAUAAAUAACUAAAACGUCGUCUAAAAAAGGAAUUUAAUGCGAAUAACUCUGAUAUGAGUCACCUAGGCCUUGAAGAAUCGUGUUGUUGUCCUUCGAACACUGAUCAUACUCAAGGACGUGAAUAUUUUUUUUAACUUCAUUGGACCUAACACACUAUCGGGACACUACACAAAAUGCUGCAUGAUUCAUAUAAUUUCCAGAUUCUGCAUUUUAUUUUAUUCCUGAGACCCCAUGAUUUUACAGAAAGCGACCACAUAUUGUUCUGUCAAGGAAAUACCUUCACCAUCAUGAAACUUUAAAAAUAAUGUCAUUGGUAAUCCUUUUUAAUCCUUUUCGCUCUCAAACACGCUUGUCAUGACCUAGUCUGUGUUUAAGAUGACUUGGUUUAUCUUCGUCAGAGCGAAUAGGAACAUUCUAUUCGCUGUAACUCUAUACCUAUAUAAUAAUAUAUAACUAUAGACUCUAUAACUCCUCUAUCGCUGUAAUUCUAUUCUGUGUCCACACCGACACAGCACCACAGUUUCUUUAGAAAAUUAGUCCCUUUCGUUCUAUGUUUCAGUCUAUUUAAGCCGAGUGAUCCUCUGGAGUCUUCUUAAAGUUGAAGGUGGUUCCUAUGGUUUUCAUAAUUAGUGACUCAAAAUGCAGUAGCUAGAUCACAUCCGAAAUUAAUUUACCGUUUUGGGUCGGCGCUAGACUGAGGCUGUCGUAUUUCGCUCCCUUAACUGUAACAGACCCUUUCCAUGAAUAUGAUUUUUGGAUCGCUUCCAAUAAUCAUGGGAGUAGGGUAUGUGAUAGUGAAUAACGACAGCGAAUUUUGUCUACGUUCGUCCCCUUAAGUAGCAAAUAUUGUAAAAAAAAAUUUAAUCUCCACGCUCAAAAUCAAGGAAUGAUAAGGAAAUUAAAUGAAAAGAACGUACUCAGUCAAAGAAACAGCUGUGAACAAAUGAAGUAAUGUAUACAAUAAGAAUUUUAAUCGAAAUGGUUCUGCAGCUUAAGACAAUAAUUGCGAGGACACUCUUAAGGUGUCCGCCUAAUUUAGUUCUACAACAAACCUUUUCCGACAUGAGCAUAUUUGUUUCUGCUGCGCAGCUGCUCCUGUGGAGGAGGGAUCUUCUCGAUCAUAAUACGAGUAACAGAACUCCAGCUAGGUUUAGCUUGACCUGGAUUUCUUCUUACACACUCUUACAUUAACACCAUCAAUUGCGAGUGGACCGUUGCCUUCCGCACCAUUGACAGUGACGUACCAGCGCUUACAGCAAUGCAGGCAGCAGCAAAUCCUGAAAUCACGAUUUGCGUUUUCUUUCGGCCUGGCUGUUCAGGCGUUUUUUUUAUUGUUAACAAAAGGGAGAAGCGCAACCCAACGGAAAGAUGUUUCAAACGAUUCGGUUCCUUUUUACAUUUUCGUUUCUAGGUUACUCAUUCUCAAACUCUUUUGCACCAUUCUCUCAACCAGUUAGAAAGAAAAUCAAAACAAAUCAUUAUUGGUACACUCGAAACGCAGCUGUUUACUACGCAAAAAGUUAGAAAUUUUUCAACCAAUCAGUUUUCUGUCCGAGCCACUAGCACGCGCCCGCACUCUAACGUCAUAAAGGAGUUGUACAGCUUCAUUGCGAGAUUUGCAAAGAAAUCCAAGAAUUAUUUCGAUUGUCAGGUUCAUUUGGGUUUUACCUAUCUGUUACCUUUUUGUGAGUUCUUAAAAUUCAAAAUGGGAUGCACAUUUAGCCGCAAUAAUUGCCGUGUUCCAAGAGCCUUCAGAAGAAAGAAGGUAAGGUUUUUAAAAGCGGGCGAAAAUUUAUUGACUUUUGAAGAACUCUCGAUUACAGAUAAACUCAUAUAUGGAUCGGCAGAAAGUUUAUUUUCGUGUCAGUAUCUUAUAGUUCGGGUUCGGAAUUUGGGAUAAGCUUGUAAUUUGCUAAACGUUACGACUACUAUAUUUUGGUGUUUCUCGUUAGCCGGACUUAGUUUUUGAAAAACGCUCUUCACUUUGACUGUCUCUUAUCUUAUUAUCCAGAUGGGCAAGAGCCAAAAGUAUGUUGUUUCGUCUCUGCUAGACGGUCAAAGCAAAGAUAACAAGCCCUAUACUUCUAGCAGCAGCUCUGCUUCACCCAGGGUGUGGUCAGAUACACAGAAGAUUUACACCGCAGGAUGGUAUGCCCCUGAUGUGGCGCCUAGUACAUUGAUAUGGCUGAUGGGUGCCAAAGACCUUCUUGAGGACAGUGUUCCUGAACUAGGUGCGUUUUGUAUAAUUUUAAUUUCAUUGUCGAAAGUAAUCCGGAACUAUAUUGGUUUUGCUUCGCUUCGCUCUGUGAUUGGUCUAAAAAACUGGGGCCACCCUCUCAAGACUUCUCUCCACCAACCAAUUCAAAAGCAGAAAAAAGUCAUGACUUGGUUGCGCGCGUUUUCCCGCGCUUGAAUCACUUGCUUUUUUCCCUUUUAUUUCUUAUUGGCUCCUGGUGAUAUUUCCCUUUACUUGAUUGGCUGUUGUGAUUAUUUUAGUUUGAGUCUUACUAUUGACACUCUAUCAGAAAGCGCCCUAGUUUCGAAUUCUUGAUCGCUUUGCAUAAAGAUGCAGUUAGUAAUAAAUAUUGUUGAAAUGUUGAUUAUCAUCGGCUUAUUUAUUCUUUCUUUUUCUGUCUCAGCUACCUACAACAAGCGAGUGGAAAACAACCAGGAAGUUGUAAGAAGGGUCGGUAAAGAUACCGAAGAUCUAGAAGAGAAAUGUGAUGUAAAGAAGGAAGGCGAACGAGAAAAUAAUACAAUUCUGGAGAAAGAACUUCCAUCCUGUCUUCAUUACGAAGGUAUAUUAAAAAAUGUUUUUAAAGGACAUUUUCAAGAGGCGGACACCCUGUACUAAAGAGCAUUAAAAGAAAAGGCAAGGGUUUCUGAGGAGACUGCAAAGUAAAAGUAUUGCACCGUAAUUUUUUGUGUGUGUUAAAGCGGCUAUGUAUCGAACUUAGACAGGGAAAAUAUUUUCAAUGUUUAUCGCUUUUUUCCAGGCUUUCAUAUGAAAGGUUUUCAUUGGUUUACAUUGUACAGCUCCGUUCUGAAUGAGACUAUUGACGAUUUGGGCCUCAAGUAAGUGUUGGUGUCAUUCAAAGGUACAUUGAUAUCAAGAAAGAUGAUUAUUUGAAAGAAAAGUACGAAAGUGGGUUGGUGUGUGUGUAUGUCGGAGGGGGGAGCGGCCUGCGCAAAAUGUAAUAUUACAUCCGUAAAGGAAGAAAGAGCGGUAUUAACUGGAUAAAAGUUCUGAUUCAGAGGUUUACUUUCAUUGGUGGGGUUAUUUCUAAAAACGUUGCCAGUGGUUUGCCACAAAUCACAGUAUCGGGUCCUAAGUCUUUUUCUUUUGAAACAUUUCCAGUUAGACUGUGGUGUCAUUUUAUUUUUGUUUUCCUUCCCUGUUGUAAAUACAGUUGCAUCCCUGGUGCUAUUGCCACAGCGCUCAAAGGUUCAAGCGAGCCACUCAUAAUUGUGUACAAGAAUUCAGAUAACAGCACAACAUACCUGUCCGACUGGAGCGGAGAAAUCCUGGACAGGAUUUGCAGUCGGUGAGUUUUGAGACAGUCUUGUUUCCUGUGACAAUGGUGUGCUCAAAUUUUAUAAGAUCGAGUUUUGUUCUAAAUUAGAUGUGAACGGAACUUUUCCGUAAAGGUACCUUAGAUUGUUGUUAAGAACGGUCCGUUCCUGGCAUCGAUAAUAAGUGACAAAGUUUUCCGCCAUGGAUACUCGAAAAGAAAAGUACCAAAUUAAAAUAUAAUAAUUGCGCGUCUUUCUUCCUUCUAAACAUUCUUAAAACUUGCCAGUUUCUAGAAUAACAUCACUAAUGCCGUUUGGGUUUUUGAUAGCUUUGAAAAUCAAGUCCUCCGUAUCAUUCUGUGUAAGCCUUCAUGGUUCGCACAGACGGCAGUUAAGGAGAAGAGAGAGAAAUUCUUUAGGUAAGCAAAAACCAAUUUCCACUUGUUAUACUAUCACAGCUGUUAAUGCCAUUUGUUAAUCGCCAAGGUUAAAACUGAGAAUCCAUUUGUGGUGAAGAAAUUGAUUUAAAAACCAUUACAAGUGCACUUUAUGUUAUGGAAUGAGGAAGCAGAGAUGUUUACUCUUGAAUGUCUCUUACAGUCUGCGCGUCAUAGAGAAGUUGAAGUUUGCCAAUGAUGCUAAAGAGUUUGCCAAAUUAACAGGUAAACAAAUAAUAUAAUUAAUAUAAAUUAUUUUAAUUAUUGAGAUAUAUUGCACGGUGAAUUAGCACCACAUCCUUCAUCACUAGUAAAAAAAUCAAAUACUGAGUAAAGUAACAAUCAAACGGAGGACUCUGAGGGGGGUACUCUAAGGGUUAGGGAUAAGACUGCUGGGUAGGAUUGAGUGAUCAUCCGCCAUCUUGGAUUUUUAUCACAGAAGAAAGAAGGGAAUGAAACUUGGGAACUUCCUGGAUCUCUUAACUAUGAAAGUUUUUAAUUAAUAUCUGAUAAACCAGAUUUUAAAAAAAGACUUUCAUUAUAAAGAGAUUCAGAAGAAAGAAAUUACAAAUUUACAGUUGAAAGUUUAGAGGCCAACGUUUUACACAAUUAGUCAGAGGUAGUAUUUAUAUAUUUCCCAGUUAUUACGUGCGCUAUGAUUGGUCAAUAAUUUAGCAGGCCAUAUUUCACUGUGCCCCCCACUAAAUUGAAAAUUUUCAACUUUCUGAAUUGAAAUUACCCGUUCUAUUUGAGCCGAGACAAAUUGUAAAUAUCCAUGUUUCACCGCCUGGGCCAUAAAUCCGCAUGGGAAAAAAAAAUAAGUUCGUGAGUAACCUGAAGUGCAGACUGAGAUAAUGAAGUUCGUAAGAAAUUUAUUACCAAAAAGUUAAUCGUAGCUUAUUUCCUUUUUCUCUGUGACAGGUUUCCCGUGUGAAACAAGGAAAACAUUACAGUCAUACUGAGAAUCAUACCAAAUUUCCAGUGACAAGAUUGAUGGAUUAUGUAUUCACUUAUUUACCUUGUAAAUUAAAUUCAAUAUCGAUUUCCUAUAAGUCCUUAUUCAGGUUUACGAUGUAAGCAUUAUAUUAUUCAUAGAGUAACGAGUGAAGCUAUCAGUGUUCAUUAUGCUCAGGAAGUCAAAUAAUUUUUAAUAGUAAAUCGUGCUUUAAGACUGAUUUACAUUUUCACGUUUGAUAAAUGGUGGAAAACUUUCAUUUUUUUUUUUUUACCAAUUUCCCAUAAGUUAGCCAAGUAGAGUACAGUGUAGGCUCAGUCUCCUUCUCAGUCUUCAACGGUGGGUUUUCGGUGCUCCCACGAUUCUCUCCGAGUGUGGUAGGAUUGUGGACUCACUAAAGCACCCACGUCUGUAGACUAAGCCUAAUGAUACUGGUGAUAACAUGAUUUAGUAUAAGAACGGUUGGGAUAACCAAAUGAAGUGAGUGGUAAUGUCCGGUUAAUUAGGCAGGUUUUCAUGCCUUCCGUAUCUAAAUAGUAUUUCUGAACCUGAUACAUCAACUAAUUGCUGAAGAUUAAGUUGCAUGUAUAUUAAAGGAUUGAAUAUCCUGGAAAUCUACGUUCUUUUAUAACACACAAAUAGUGUUAUUUUCGAAUCAAAUUGGGUCAGGUUAGGUUCACCAUCUCCUACCAACCGGGGAAAGCUUAACUGAUAAAAUCCCAGAAAAACUCUCUCUCUGUGAAGAAUCUUUUUUCUAGCAAACCAUGAACAUUAUUGUGAUUAAUAAAGUAUUUAUUCGUUAUAUUUUAUCGUGUGGACCACGUAUUUUUACGACCAGUGUCCUAGCAGAUUUGGGCCCCCUAACUCAUUAUCACCAGCGGAUUUGGAGCCGAUCCACUUUCUCGGCGGAUUCGGAUCCCCGGUCAAAACCCCUGUCAGAAAUGGGCCUUCGUUUAUUUUGACUCAUUUCCUGUAAAAUAAAAGCGUACAGCGUAAUCUAAUUAUUUUAUACUGUGAGUGAAGUUGCCAAAUAUUUUUUAGAAAAGAUACAAACUUUUAUCUUAGUUUACUAGUUGUUUUAAAAAUGGAAAUGACGUAUCUUUUCCUGGGUUUGCGGAAGCAUUUUAAAACAAAAUAUACAUUAUUAGAAUAGCCUGUACAGAAAAAUUUUAGACGAUAACCUCGUAUAGCGAACGUUAUUAUUACAGUUAAAAAAGUUAGAAAUGUGUUACUUAAUCUUCACACAACAUAAAUCACUGUUUCUGAGUGUUUUAUCCCAACCGCUCUCCCGCUAGUUUCAUCUGUCAUUUUCCCGCCAUUGCGCAAAACUCAUAAUGACGUUGGAAGACUCGGUUCUAACGCUUACCAGACCCCCACGACCGCGUGAUACAUUCUGAUACACGAAUCUGUUUUGUUUCACGAAAUUUUGUUUUCAUAUUUUGAUCUUCUUUUCCUUUCGCGUGAGUUUCGCGUAAUACUGUUUUAAAGCAGUUUUAUUUUACCUUAAGUUUCGCUAUGGUGGUAAAACGAUGCCCAAACUGCGAUCAGACGGUAAGUUCAAAAUGUAAGUUGUAAUAUUUAUGACAUUUAGGCAACGCGGUGAUUUUAAUCGCAAUUUUCUCGUUUAAAAUUCAAACGUUAAUUGCCAUAAAUGCCUUUUAAUAAACUUGAGGGAGAAAUAACAUAUAAUUAAUUGAUCGUUUCUUGAAUUUUCCUUUUUACGGCUGAUUUGGACUUUUAAUCAUGGAAUCGCAUAUAUCAAUUAAUUUGGUGCCACUCGAAAACCUCGAUGUUUCAUAAAAUUGGCUUACCCAAGCAAUUUACUCAGUUACAUUCAAGCACAUCGUUUGUUUGAAAUUUUUUGUCGGAAAUGUAUUUUAGAUUCGAACAUUUCCAAAAUAAAAAAAAUUCGCCUUGUGUCUAAUCUAGAUCUUAAGCUAUGAUUAGAUAUUAUUUGUAUCAAUAUUGGAAUACUAAGCGAAGUCUUAUAUUAAAGUACUUCAAAUGUUGAAGAUUUAUCGGGUUGUAGAAGAUAAAAGAAUAAUUUGUCAAGUCAGAUCUCUUAAGAGAAUGUUCUUACAUUUUUUGGACGGUAAAUUAUAUUUUUAAAGUUGUAAUUAUUUUUCCGUGUCAGUUCAAUCAUUCUUAAUUAGCAGGGAAACUAGUGACAGCACUGAAUAUUACAACGAUGAUCCAUAUGAAUUCAUUUUAUGGUGACUGGUAAAAUAUAAAACCAAUCAAGACACAGAGGUCUUUGUGGUGACCUCAGGGAAAAAUAAGCCAUUGUACCAUUUGUUUCCUUGAUGAAAUGUAUUUGUGCAAUCACGAGACUUUGUAACUUCCCAAAGGCAUUGAUGACUCUGAGGUUGAAGUUGAAAAGUUUGAAAGAUCCACCUCCCCUAAAGUUACAGAGUUCUAGACAGUAUUUAGUUGAUAAUUAAGUCAAAAGGGUAUAUGAUGCUGUUUAAAGUUGUAAAAAAUAUUGCUAUAAGGCCUGUAGAACUCCUCAAAAGACUUUAAACUGAGUAGAAUUUAUUUUCAAUCUGAACUGUUGAGAUUUUAACUCCUCUUGUCAUAGUAGCAAAUUAAACAAUAUUUGUAGUGCUCAAAUUUUCAAUUAUUACAAUUUUUGCAAAACAUCAGUUCUUUGGUUUCUCUGUUAUUGAUAAAUGUUGAUUAUGGUAAAAAUUUAGAAACCACUAAAGUGUUGAUAGCUUUCCUCAUGUGUUUUGCUUCAUCAGCUCCCUGUGGCAUGCAAAUCAUGUCCAUGUGGCCACAUUUUUAUCAGCCGAAAACUGCAUCAAGCUCAAGUCAAAAAAGAAGGUUAAAAUGAAUUUUAUUUGUCUCCUAGUUCUCAAUGUUUAAUUUAUCUCCUAUUUUUUUUUUAACUCUUUCACCUUAAGAAGUAACCAAUACAUAAUUUCUCCUUGUACCAUCAUCAUUUGAUCCAACACCCAACUCUCAGAGCAGAAUUUAUAGGAAAGGUAUGGCAGACAGUAAGGAGAAUUUUGUUUUGGUGAAGUAAAGGAUCAAUUAAGAUAAAGGUUUCUUUGAAAACGUUAAAUGUAUUUUGGUUUUACAGGAGAGAAUGUGAAUGUUCUAGAACGUGACAAAAGGCUCCGUCCUGAGAGGCCUAAGAAAGAAAAUCCAGAUUUUGAUUAUGAAUUCCCUGAAAAUCUUGUUUGGGUCAACAAAGACCAGAUGCCUUUUCCUUUAACUCAGAAAGAUACUGUCAGAAUUGAGAAAUUACAAGAGAAACAGAUAUCACAGAUAUCACAGGUAUGAGACAUAACUGUUUCCAUCCUUAACUUGUGCAUUGCCAAUCAGUACAAGUUCAUGUUUCACUUGAUAAAAAUCACAUUUCUGUCUUGAAUCUUUCCCUUUUGUUGUUUGCUAUCUGGAAACAUGAAAAAACAUGGUUUUUUUUUUGGUAAUGCAAGAACUGCUAUUUUGGAUGUGUUCAUGCUGUUUUUCAUUGGGAGUUAUAAGUUGGUGUGGUGGUCAUUUUAGGUUGAACCUUGGCACAAUCAUUCUGCUGACUGCUCUUUGCCAAAGAACAUUUUUAUCUAACAGAGCUCCUCACCACCCAAGAGCAUAAAUUUGGUACUUUAUCUGCAUUGGAGUGUUAUCACAGUCCAGGGGGUGUGGGUAGCAAUGCUCUUUGUGUCACUUGAUGGGAAAGAAAAUUGGACAAGCUGUGGCAGGGGUGGGCCAUACCAUUGUGAGCUCAGAGGAACUUUUCUUCAGCAUCAUUACUUUUAAUUAAUGGGAAUACUUUGUUGUAUGUAGUGUUUGUCUAAGAACAAAUUGAACAUGCAAUGAAUUAAAUAUAAUUGUGUUUUGGUUUGUAGCUUCCUCAAACUAUUGAUGGUGUGGUUCUUCCCAAAAAGAGAGGUCGGCCAAAAGGAUCAAAGAACAAAGUUAAGACUGACUCUGUUACAGGAGAAGUUAUUCAUCCACAACCACAGGUAGAUAUUUUGUACUGACAGUAACUCUUGAAGGUUCAUUUAAUUCUCAACACCCUUGGAUCAGUAUCCAUAUUCUCCAAUCUCUCCUCUUUACAGAGGUACUGAGAAAGAGAAUUCAUAUUUAAAGCAGUCAAGGCUUCUCAGGAUAGUAAUCAUUUCCUGUAUUUUUAUGAUCUGCUGAAUGAUUCAGCAGUGUAACUGUAAGGAAAAAUGAGAUGUUGUUUAAAAGGUGAAAGGGGAUGAAAAGAAAGAUAACUCCCAACUCAGGAAUAUUGUUUUAUAAAAAUUUUAAAUUCUCAGGGCUAAAAUGAUGUCCACAAAUGGUUAGAAAAGCUACUCUUCUUGAAUAAGGAUUGUCAACUGUAGUUCACUUAGAUUCUUCACAGUUAUGAUUACCCAGGGACAUUAACCCUUUAACUCAUUUUAACUCAUAUGAGUGACCAAGACACCAUUUCUCCUUACAAUAUUGAUACAAUGUCAAGCAGACAAGUGAUGAGAAUAAAUGAAAUAUGGACAAGGGAUUAUUAGUUGAUGGAAUACCACAUUCUCCAAACUAACAUCAUGAGAAUUGUAUGUUAGACAGUUAGAGGAAUUGGUGAAUGGGUCAAAGAACCCAGGUGCAAUAUAGCAAAAAUAUAGGGCUGGUGCAAAACUUCUGGUGUUAUAUGGUGUGGCUUUGGGCUCAGAUUGUGAAGGAACAGAUAACAGCUGCUCAAGAGGCAUGACUACAUGGUGACAUCUACUCUUGCUCUGUUUGACCCUCCAGCUUGAAAACCCUGGUGUGGAGUGGGUAUCAGUCCAUCUAACUGUUGUGUGCUUGGUUGCCAAGCCUUUGAACAGGAGUGAGGCUAAGGGUGACCUUGUUAUGAUACAAACAUUUUUGCUUUUCAAAUGUAAAUUACUUUGUUAUCAUGCUAACUAGAUACUGGUCUCUAUCACAACAAGGUCACCUUCAGCUUUGCUCUAGAUCAAAGAUGUGGCAACUAGGUACACAACUGUAAAAUGACCUAGUGAUAUUACAGACUGAUAUAAAUGUCUUAUUGAACAAAACUCUUUCUCUUUGCAGCCAGUUCAGCUUGACGAAGAUGGCAUGCCAAUAAAACGAAAGAGAGGUCGCCCAAAAGGCUCCAAAAAUAAGCCAAAACCACAAUCCCUUUUAUCCCCAAACAAGUCAGUUAAGAAUGGAAAUGAUGAUGGUGAAGAUCAGACAUCUAGUGGAUCUGAUAACAAAGAACCUGUGGACGUCAUGCCGCAGAUUUCUCGUGAAAAAGCUGAGAUGUACUCCCUUAUUUUGAGUGACAUCAACCAAAAAAUGAUGUCACAGUCAUGCAUGAAGUAUGUGUAA